UACCCGGCAGCCUAGCAUUAGAUAGCUGUUAGCUAGAGUUAGCUCGGUCGGCCUAGUCAGUGAUGAGGGAUUCGGGAUUUGUAUUGUUUUUCGUUGACGCUGUUGCUGCCCCUUUUCUCCGCUUCGUACUUCAAUCUUAGCGGUACAAACAGGGACGUUAAAACGCGGGUUUAAUCGACAGUAGUUUGCAGCUCGUUCACUAGAUAAAGCUACGAGAGAUGGGAUUUACAAUAAACGCAAUCAAAAGGUGGUCACACUGUUUCAUGCAACACACGGCUGAGCUUCACGCCGGCGUCAUUUUGUGUUGAUGAAAAGAGGAAGCUUGCUGUUCUCGCUUUGUGUCCUCCCGUUGCCAUCUUAAGGAGGAUCUCUUGACAGUCUGAGAGUAGCUGACAGUCUCUCGCAAUCUGUUUCACCGAGGCAGUGUCGCCCUAAAGACAGGAAGGCAGAAAAGAGUCCCUUGAGAAUGUCAAGCUCUCUGGUUGUGUGUGAAGUGGAUGAAAGUCUGAAAGCUAAACUGAGAAAGUUUAGAUUUCGAAAAGAGACCAACAAUGCUGCCAUACUAAUGAAAAUAGACAUGGAGAAACAGCUUGUUAUUCUCGAGGAGGAAUAUGAGGAAAUCUCAUUGGAUGAGCUGAGAGAUGAACUUCCAGAGCGGCAACCCAGGUUUAUUGUCUACAGCUACAAGUAUGUCCACGCUGACGGUAGGGUGUCUUACCCUUUGUGUUUCAUAUUCUCCAGCCCAAUGGGAUGUAAGCCAGAGCAACAGAUGAUGUACGCAGGCAGCAAGAAUCAACUGGUUCAAGCUGCAGAGCUCACAAAGGUCUUUGAAACAAGAAACGCUGACGACUUGACAGAAGAAUGGCUGAAGAACCAACUGGCAUUUUUUCGCUGAAUAUGCAUCUCCCAUAUUUCCUAUACUAUCAAUCAGUCUUUUUCUUUGUGAAACAUGCCCCUUGAUUUUAAUUUUCAAUUGUUAUGUAUGCCAUUGCUAUUAAAUGAU